AUGUCCCCGGCUAUUGUCGAGAAGCAGUUUGAGAUCUCUGAUCUUAGCAACCUCAAAGUCGGGCGUGUUAAAGAGUUCAAACCCAAAGGGAGCAAUGGACCUACGUUGCUCAAAGGCAAGCCCUGGGGUCUUCCUGCUGGAGCCUAUACCCCCCGCCAGAUUGUCGAAGCCAAUGCUCCUCUCCUCGAGACGGUUAUCCAUCAUCUAGGACCAAGUCCUUUCGGCGAACCUCCGGCCCGAGAGCAGCUCAUCGACAAUCUUGCUUCCAACCUAGCACUCAACACCCGGGAGGCAAGCAUCACAAUUCCCGCCAAUGAUCCAUCACGCAUCGAGAUGGCCCAACAGGCCGUGAAGAUUGGCAAGAAACUCAUCGAAUACGUAAGGGACGUCACUGAUGUACCGUAUGACCCCAACUAUGUGGUCCGGAGCCCAUGUGAAGGUCACCUGCUCAAGCCGCAUGUCUCUUACCUCAUGUUCGGACCGCGAAGUCUGCGUCACCUCAUGCAAAUCUACAACGAAUAUCUUCAUCAGAUGGUGUUACUUCGAGAUGCUCUCCUUCCUUUCGACAAUUUCGAGGAUGUCAUUAUACCCAUCACCGCGGAGCCUAAUCGCAAGCGCGGCAUGCGACACACUGAGGAAAUACGAUCCGUCUUUCUUUCUGAAAUGAUGACCAAGCAGGUCACCCAGCGCUCGACCAUCAAGGCUGCUCAAUUCCUGCUGGCACCAAAUCUUUCUAGCGCCAAUUCCAUCGCCUUCCAGUACAAGUAUGGUACAGUUGUGCCUUCAUUUAUUGCGGGUGGAAGGUCCGGGAGAUUACUGAGAUAUGUUCCAGCCAUUUUGGAUGACGACAGCAAAGAGGUUACUUUCCACAACAGUUUGGUCGAUUACUACGCGGCUCCUAGGACUAACGUCCUCACCACGGGUGACCAGUCUGCUUCAAACAACACCGAAGUUCUAGAGGCUACAUUGUUACCUGUUGGCAAUAAAGAUGAGAAGUGCCUUGAUAUCGUACUCAAAUAUCUCGAUGGAGCGCAAACAAAGGUUGAUCUUGGGCAAAGUGCACGAGGCUACCGUUAUGCCUACUUCGUCAAGGGUAAAGGAUCCACUCUUGCGGAAGAUACAACGGAAGAAGUAAAGGUCUAUUCUGCGCGAUCCUUGCUUGUAGAGUCUGGAACUGGUCUUGUGAUGCCGACAAAGGGCAUUCAUCUAGUCCAGGCGCCUACAAACAUCGAGUUACAUGCCCUGCUAGGAAAGCUGUACCCUGACAACGUGGUGAUCAAAGAAAAAGGAGUGCCUCUGAGCGUUGCACUGAAGGCAGGUAAGGAGGGGUUCCCUGAUGUCGGACGAUUUGUCAUUGAGGUGGGAAAGUAA